AGAGUCCAAGGACUCAAGAACUCCAGGCGCCUUGAUCAGUCACGUCAUCGGCUAAAUACAGGCUAGCGGCGCGAAGUUAUUGACGACACUGAUGGAUAGUAGUCUCGUUGGGAGCCGAAGUCGUGCGAAGCCUAUCAUGCCGACGCGACUUCUGGCAAGUAACAGUGAUUUUAGCUCAAUCGACCCCCGCCGUAGCGGGCGUCACGGCCACCGUACGCCUGUCUUUCUUGUUAGAGCCUUUUCCCCGAUCUUACUGAAGGAUCAGAGGAAUCCUUUGAUCGCGACCUUCCAGAGAGCACGACAGGCCUCCGAGACCCACUAGGAUCCGUUCGGCGACCGAUCGGAUUGGUUCAAUCUCUAGGUCGCUCUGACUGCAUGACGCUGCUCUCAGAAGCGUGACCCCCACGUCAUCAUACCUAGCCUGUGGCUGCCGGUCAUUAUCCUGGACGUCAUUUUCCAGCUUCGAUCCUAUUUAAUCAUUCUCCAAGUCGACCCUCGCACCAUCAUACCGAGCUGCGGCUGCCAGCCAAUGACAGCGAUUGUUUUCUCGAGAACGCGAGAACGGACUUAAUCUGGCGCUGGCUGAAAACGCUACGGGAAUUGGUGAUUGCGAUCAGUAAACGUCGACGGGACAGGACUGGAUGUGGAUAGGUCUGGCCAUGGCGUGUGCCUUUCUGUCCCAGUGCUAGGGAACCACUGCGGAUUUGCGUUGGCGGUUUCUGCCGAUGUGUCGCUCCUGUUUGUAAAUGACAUUUGAGUCGACUCAAAAGUUGGCGGUUUCUGCUGAUGUGCCGCUCCUGCUUAUAAAUGUGUCUGGUAAGAGAGUAGAUACUGCCAUCUUAAAGAAGGGUCGAAGCAUUGGUGUUUCUCCUGCAGUUUCGCUGUAUUGGCUUUUCAGCCUGUAUUAUUGGAAGUCUACUCAAAUCAGUCCCCUAAGCCAUGGCCAUGGCCUUACCGAGACGCCUCGUUACGGGCUGCCUCUUUUUGCUGCUUUCAGCAUCAAGUGUCUUAGCUUCAGUUAAAAGAGGAAGCAGGGGGCCACCUGAUUCCGUGGCUGAGACGUCGCCACAUUAUUAUCAGCAGCAGCAUCGCCGCAUCUUGAACAGUGAAAUUCCAACAACUCUCACUCGCGACGCUCCAACAUCCAACGUUCCUGCUACCUCAACCCUCUCGGAAGCUGCUUACCAGCUGGCUCUCGAGCUGCUGACUGUGUUGCUGAAUGACCCAACACUAAGCAGGCUAGUUACAUCCAACUUUCCUACAUCCAACAUUCCUGCAUCCAACGUUCCUGCUACCUCCACCCCCUCAGAAGCUGCCUACCAGCUGGCUCUCGAGCUGCUGGCUGUCUUCUUGAAUGACCCAAGGCUAAGCCGACUGAUCACCAGGGCAGGUGCUCGGUUUGGCAAUGUAGAUUUGCCUCAGUUAGGAAACACUUUGGGAAAUGGUGGUGGUGUGUCCGUGGGACAGGGGUCAGGCUCCAGUAGUGAAAGUGGGGGUUCAAGAGCUAGUGAGUCUAGUAUGCAGAGUAAAGCUAGCAGGAGCAGCCAGGCCAGUUUGAGUAGCAUGGCUAGCAGAAGAAGUCGUGCUAAUCGAAAGCAAAAUCUUGCAUAGGCUUCCUUAUACUAGUACCGUGUAAAUGAUACAUGCGAUUGUAGCCGUUUUGCAGUG